AUGGGCCUGUUCGCGGCCGACGGGGUCGAGCCCAUCGAGUGGCUCGCCGCCGGCGAUGCGGUAAAGCUCCAGUGCGUGACGGGGCAUUGGGGCAACCAAAACAACAACUGGGUCGGCAUCGACGGCGACGGCGACAACUCUGUGCGUUGCGUGUAUUCGCGCGACCAAGCCGCUGUCUUUACUUUGUACAAGACUGAUCGCUUGAACAGGUACAGGCUUCAGAGCAGGGACGGCUGGCUCGGGCGAAGGGGUGAACACAUGGUUGCCAACCAGCCGCGGGGGUCAUCCUACGACUUCAUCGCGUGGUCCGCCAGGGAAGACGGGUAUUACUGGGGGCGGACAGCCAAGGGGGGUUUGGAAAAAUGGAGGAAAUUUGUGAGAGAGCCGCGAGCCCCCGGGCGGGUGGCCCUCGAAUAUUGCGACGGUAUCGUCGGGAGGCGCAUAUCUUGCCGAACCGACGGCGGCUGGAUGGUUCUCACGCCACACGAUAUUUCGACUCUGGCAGGUGCCGAAGGAGACGUGGAAUAUCGCGUGGCGAUCACGGUCGACCCGAGAUCGCCGCCCCCUAUGCCGGGCGGCAGCUGGCUCCAGUCGGCCAAGGAUUGGCGCGUCGUACACAACGUUAGAGAUAAUACCUGGGCGCUGCACGCAUCGCUGGCGACAUCGGUUGGCGCCUGGCGCACGAGUCGGAUGUCCUUCGAUCCCGAGCAAAUGGUGCCUCUGUGGAACAAGGAGGGCGUGUUUCGGGAGGGGGGUAAAGUCGGUAAAUUCGCGGCGCUGGUUGAGUGGUACUACAUUAGAAGAAGUCAGGCCGGGUUCAAGGUCAAGUACCCGCUCUUCCUCCGCGGACGCAUCCCGCCUGACGACUUCGUCGACGACCUCCGGGGUUUCCCCGAAGUCAGGGCGCAACCUACCAGCAGGGCAAAAUUCGACGGUGCGAUAGCUAAAUUGCGGGAAAAAUACGAGGCUGUCGGAGUCACGCUGAAGCGCCGGGAGACGACGGUCAAGUCGGACGGGUGUUGUUGCCCCGGCCCCCCGAAGAUGGUCUGGUUCCUUGAGGUCGCACUACGGGACGCGGAGCCCCCGGCGCCAACACCCGAACUUUCAGAGGAACAGCGCGCCGCAAUCGCCGCAUUUGCCGAGAUGGACACUGAUGGUGACGGCGAGCUGACCGCCGACGAGAUCUUCCGGGCGCUCUCGAAGAACAAUGCGGACGUGACCCUCGAGCGCGUUCACGAAAUAAUGAGCAAGGCUGACAAGGACCAAAACGGGACGAUUAGUCAGCAGGAGUACCUGGACGCCGUCGCCGCCAUGGGACCUGGAUGGAUUGGCUCUUGGCUCGGAAAAAUAGCCGCGCGCGUCACCGCGGUGUGGGCGGAGCCUGAGCAGAAGCCAAUCGACGGCGAGGUCGUGCCGGACACCGCGGUGUGGGCGGAGCCUGAGCAGGAGCCAGUCGACGGCGAGCUCGUGCCGGAGGGCGAGGCCAGCGCCGUGGAGGAGGUCGCGAUCGAGGCCGCCCCCGAGCAGCCGCUGAGCCCGGGGUUCUCCAAUCUGCAAGUCGAGCUGCGCGCCGAGCAAUUUGCGCUCGAGCCCGAAGCCGAAACAUAAAAAAAAACCGCACGAAUUCGAACUUCUCACCCUCCGUCGGCCUAA